AAGUCAGAACGAAAAAGGCGCUAAUCCCAACCGUAUAAAAAGUCAGCGCACAACAAAACGACACACUUUGAACUGUAACGAACCAACAAGCAUCAUGGCUCGGUCAGCACAACUCAUCUGUUUCUUGAUGGUCACAAUGGCACUAUUUUUCUCAUCCUACGCGUAUUAUCAAGACGAGACAGAUCCGCGCAGACCAUGCAAAGGAGGUCCUAUGGAUCGACCAACAGAAUGUGGCUCCCAGUGUCCCUUGACGUGUGAGAAACCAAAUCCGGGACCGUGUAUUCUUAGUUGCAAACUAAAUGCCUGUGAAUGCGUGUCUGGCUAUCUUAGAAGAUGGGACGGCAUGUGUGUUACUGAAAGAGGUUGCAAGCGUUUACCUCCAAAAGGAACGUACCAUUGAGAAUCGACCAACACUAUUUCACGGAAGACCUUUCAUAUCAACCAUAUAAAAUAAUUUCAUUUUAGUAUAAGAGCGGUGGUUUAAUGUGCUCGGUGAUAUUGUUUCAUAAUAAAAUUAUAUUCUCAUA